CACAGAUGUCUCAACAAAGUGGAUACUAUAAAAGUAAAAGUCAAGUCAAGAAUAGUUUUGACUUGAAGCCAAAAAGAACUUACCAGAAAAUUCAGCGCAAAACGCACAGCGUUAAUAAUCCUCCUGGGAAAGGUCAGUUGAAAGAACAGACAUACAGCAAAGUUGACAAACAUCAUAAUGGAUAUCAACUUACACAAAAUCUUAAUCCAAUACAAAAAUCAGAAGAAAAUCUGGUUAAAGAUAAUAAAGUGUCAAGGAUUUUCUCAAGUGAAAGUUCACCAGUUCCUGACGUGUCAUAUUUAAGGAAUUCUGUAUCAUUUAAUUCUCAGUCUAACCGAAACAUUCACUAUGCAUUUAAGGGAUCCUCUAAUGAGGUCAAGGUAAAUCAUUCAGGAGAAAUCGGCUUUCAGUCCAAUCAUACAAAAACUAAUGUGCUUUCACUUGUCGAACGCAACUUAGAUAUGGAAAAGCGUUUUGUUGAUCAAAAUUAUAAGUUAAAAGAAAGUGGUGGCGUUUGCUUAGAUCAAUCAUUUACUACAGAAAUCCACCCUACUGAGGAAUCAGACAAUGAUUAUUCUAGUGAUUUUAGUGACGAAUGUUCUUCUAUUUCAUCUAUCGUACCGUCCAAGACCGAGGAACUACUUUCUGUGGGCAGACCAAACAAUCAUAAAGAAAUGACCGGAAUUUGUGAGUCAGUUUUAACGACCCGGACUUCUGGUUUUACUAUGCCAGUUAAGGUAAUCGGCAGUACUAACGAUGGGAUGGACAUGAAGGCUAUAGACUUUGAACAGUCAAACAGACUACCAAGUCAUCAUUAUAUUUUUUCAAAUGUAAAGCGUAGAGCAAAAGACUUAUUGAAAUUGGUUUGUCUAUCUUUAAAUGAGUUUACCAAUGUAUUCGAGUUGAAACCAAUAGAUGGUUAUGGAUUUUAUAUACUACAUUCAAAUAAAUGUAAAAAUUGGAAUCAUUGUUAUGUUCAAACAAAUGAUGAUGCAUUUCAUAGAGAAGUACAAACUGAACCAAUUGAUAUCUCUCAUGAUGUAUGGACUCAACAACCAUCCGAUGAGAAUGGCGAAUUUUGUGGAAGGGUUGGUAGCAACAAUAAUUCUCAUAUAAAUGGUUCCUAUAAUUUAUCUUAUUCUAAUGAUUUCAAUCAUGUUUCAUCCAAGACAAUUCUACAUGAAUUAGCUAAAGAAUUUUGCCUGGGAGUUAACACUUAUAAUACUACUGUAAAUGAUGAAGUUGAGCAUGUUACUAAUACUUUCUCAAUAAACGAAUUCAAUACACCUGGAAAUUCCACCUCCAUGAUGAAUCCCAAUCAUCGAUUACCUAAUAGUCUAUUAGAAAAUCUUCAAUUAAUGUUGAAUUUAAUCAAUGAAGAAACUUUAGCAAAUUUGUCGUAUUUAUCCAAGGAGAGUAUCACAGAUCAAAAUGAUUUGCAGUCGACUGAAAAUGAUUUUGUAGAGAUAUUUUUUCAGUUGAAAGAUGACUGCUUUUCAGUAGAAUCGAAAUUUGACCGUGGUUAUAAUGACAUUCAAAAUAAGGAGUUGCAAAAUACGCCAUCUAAAAAUAACGUUACCACAGUUAAUGCAAAUGAAAUAAGUAAACUUCAAAGCUUCUCCUACUUUUGGGAAAAUUAUGAAUGUGUUGCGUGUGAUUGUGCACCACAAAACCAAACAGUAAUUUUAACCAUUCAUCGACCAGUUAGGAUUCCGCCUUCAUUAACAGAAAAUAGUCUAAAAUUUCAAACAGAAAAGAAUAAUUGGAAUCUGUCAAAUCGGUUGAAUAAUAAAGUUAUAACCACUUGUUUAGCCAUAACGGAACAUGGGAAUUUCUUGAUUGGUUGUAGCAAUGGUCAAAUUAUACAUCGCGGACGUACACCUAAUCAAACAGUUUAUCCUAAACUAUUUUCACGAAUAUUAUGUUGUUCAGCUGUACAGACAGUAGAAACGCAUCCAGAUGCAGAAUUACAUAUAUUUAUUGCAGGUUAUACAGAUGGUAAAAUUUGUUUAUAUAAAACAAAUUACUUUCAACCUGUACUUGAAUGGGAUGUUACGUCAUCAGUGCCAAUAACAAAUUUAUCCAAAAUAAAACUAACUAAAAAUAAAGAUGACACAGUAGCACCAAUUUCAGAAUCAAUAUCAAAGAUUUCAGUUAAUCGUUCAUUUAUUAGUAUUCGUAAACUUAUUUGGUCAGCUACUCGUUCUUCAGUAUUUUUCAGUUUGGAUUCAAAUAAUCAAAUAAUUUUAUGGGAUAUUGUAAACAUAUUCAACCUGGCUAAUAAUUCUUUACUCUUAAAUGAUACAGAAUCUAGCUUGAAGAAUGAUUAUCCGAUAAACGUGAACUUGAAUGAUAAAAAAAUACUGUCUUGUCAAAUUAAUGAUAUUUGUAUAAGUAAAAUGUCAUGUUCGAGAAAUAUUAACCGAAUUUCAUCAUCCUCAAUAGCACCGAUUUCGACUCAUUCAUCACCUUUAUUCAUUUUAUUCUAUCCGCAUAAAAUUAGCAUACACUGGAUUAAUUCCCGUUGGAUAAAUGAAUCAGUGAACGAAAAUACUUUAUUAAUGAAAACCCUCGAUAAUUUCAGUAGUAUCAGUUAGCCUAAAAUUUGAUAAUUUAUACCUAUGAAUGUAAUUUUUAUUGAUUGGAUACUCGAUUUCGAGUAUUUCUUUAUGUUUCUUUAUUGUUCAUUCUAUUGAAGUGAAGUAAGCAGAUGUACAUAAUACUAAAUGUAGAUGAAUGAACCAUUAUUAUUAUUGUUUCCUUGAAUACGGAUCUAUUCUUAUGUAUGAAAACACUUUUCUGUUCGAUAUUCUCACAGUAAUGACUGUAUCAACUGUAUUUUUUAAACAAUUUUAAUCAAUCCUUCAUUGUUCAUGAGAAAAAAAUAAACAAUAUAUAUUUCUUCGUUUUUAGCUA